GGCAGCAGGAGCUACACACUUCAAAUUUUUUUUUUUUCCCGAGAACCUUAAAUUACAGCCUUAACCACCAUAAACAUUUAGGAGUUUUACGGUUCGCUGUACUUUUGUGUAUAGACUUAGAGAUAUGUAGAUUAUGUGUUACUGCGCUUUUCCUGCCAAACGCACACACUUUCCAGAAGGGAAAACGGAGAAAUAAAUAAAAAACAAAAACAAAACAACAAAAAAGUUCGCAGACCAAUUUUUGGAGUUUAAAGUAAAGAGGCUAGCAUUCUCUGCAUCAAGCAUCUGCGUACGGGCGAGAAGGACGUCUGCGAAGAGAGGACAGAAAAGUUUCACAACAACGAGUAUCCUGUCUUAAUGAUGCUCUGAGGAAUGCCCAGUUGUCAUGGAACCCCAAUUCCAGACCAGUUCUUCAACAGAGAAGAGAAUGGAGAACGUUGUAGGCACCAAUAGUGCACCCACUCGUACAGACAUCAGUGAGAAGGCUGUGGCCUCCAGCACUACAUCCAAUGAGGAUGACAGUUCAGGUUCACCAUAUCACCUCGAGAGGCGAAACACCAUUAGUGCGCAGACUGAUGUUGUGAACACAUCAGGAAAAGUCAGUGAAGAGCCAUCCACCUCUACAGACGAACGUCCUCCACUGGUGAAGAAAGAACUUCAGAGCUCUCUGCACCGCUUGGCAGACCACACCCUGCCCUAUCGUGGAACACUGUUUGCCAUGGACCCUCGUUCUGGAUAUCUGGACCCUCACUAUACUGCACCACAGUUCUUUCCUGCUUUUCAUCAUCCAGUACCAAUUGAUGAUAGACACACACAAGGCCGAUACAUUUACGAACCCUCGCCAGUACCAUCACUACACAUGCCUCCUGCACUGGCAGCAAGCCCGACAUUUUCUGAUAUCUCCCUCAUCCGGAUCUCACCGCACCGGAACCCUUCAAUGGGGACAGACUCACCCUUUAACCCUUCACAUCCUUACAUUAACCCCUACAUGGACUACAUACGCUCCUUGCACAGCAGUCCCUCUUUGUCCAUGGUUUCUGCAGCCAGAGGCCUUAGUCCUGCAGAUACACAUCACACUGGUUUAACCACAGCAGAGUACUACCACCAAAUGGCCCUGCUUGCUGGUCACCGCAGUCCCUACGCUGACCUCAUUCCCUCAGUGGGGUCCACAACAGGGCCUGCAAGCAGUGCCCUGCAUAUGGAGUACCUGCAGGCUAUGGAAAGUUCGAGAUUUCCUAGUCCUAGGCUGAUAAACCGGCCCAGCAGGAAAAGACCCAUCCCCAACUCCCCUUCCUUGUCUGACCCCAGUUUUGACUUACAGGCCAUGAUUCGCACCUCUCCCAACUCUUUAGUCACUAUCCUUAAUAAUUCUCGCUCUAGCUCAUCUAACAGUGGAUCUUAUGGGCACCUAUCUGCUGGAACUAUCAGUCCUGCUUUGAGUUUUGCAUAUCCUCCAACACCUGUAGCACUGCAGAUGCAUCAGCAGCUAAUCAGUCGACAACCAGGCAUCGUAGGAUCUGCAUUUGGACACAGUCCACCACUCAUGCACUCAGCACCUGCUUUUUCAACCCAGAGACCUGUUCCUGCCAUCCAAACCUCCAGCCUGGCACCAACAGAACGUUCAAUAGUCUCCAAUGACUCACAGAGUAAACCCACAAGUGAGUCGGCUGUGAGCAGCACAGGGGACCCCAUGAACCAUAAAAGGUCCAAACUCAAACCUGAAGAAGAACCACCCAGCCCCAGAGCCGUUAGCAUGCAGGAGCAAAUGAAUGGAAUGACUCUGGUGAAGGAAGAGGGCGAUAAAGAGGAGGGCAAGCAGGAGCCAGAGGUUGUGUAUGAGACUAAUUGUCACUGGGAUGGUUGCUGCAGAGAGUUUGACACCCAAGAGCAGCUUGUGCAUCACAUAAAUAAUGACCAUAUUCAUGGAGAAAAAAAGGAAUUUGUGUGUCGCUGGGAGGAAUGUUCAAGAGAACAGAAACCCUUUAAGGCCCAGUAUAUGCUGGUGGUGCACAUGCGCAGACACACAGGAGAGAAGCCUCAUAAAUGCACGUUUGAAGGCUGUUCAAAGGCAUAUUCCAGAUUAGAGAACCUGAAAACACAUUUGCGUUCACACACAGGAGAGAAGCCAUAUGUGUGUGAACAUGAAGGCUGCAACAAAGCCUUUUCGAAUGCAUCAGACCGAGCCAAACACCAGAAUCGGACACACUCUAAUGAGAAACCCUAUGUGUGUAAAAUUCCUGGCUGCACUAAGCGGUACACUGACCCAAGCUCCUUAAGGAAACAUGUUAAAACUGUACAUGGUCCUGAAGCCCAUGUCACCAAAAAACAACGUGGGGAGACAUACCCACGACCCCCACCUCAGCCACGAGAACCUGGAGCAACCACUGACCAAAAGGAGUAUACCCAUGCUACCUCAAAACAGGAUGAAUGUCUGCAAGUCAAGUCAAUCAAAACAGAAAAGCCCAUGACGUCUCAGUCAAGCCCUGGCAGUCAGUCUUCAUGCAGCAGUGACCAGUCCAUCAACGGCCCCCAUGUCAGCCAGGGAGUCCAGCUUACUGUGAACAGUAUUGGGCUUGCGGGGGAGGUGGCAAUGCUUGAGGACAUGGAAAAUGAAGAGGAGGAUGAGGAGAACAGAGAAAGAGAGAAGGAGGAUGCCCCCAUUAUGGACUCUACAGUAUCCACAGCAACAUCCUCUGCGGCAACAAUAGUUUUGCAGACUCAUCGAAGUGUUGGACGGCCCCUACGCUGGAUGGAGCAUGUUAAGAUGGAGAGGUUAAGGCAGGUGAAUGGAGCUGUGCCUAGGCUAGGAUUCCUGCCUCCAACACCGCCCCCUAAAGGCCAGGCCAUGCCUGCCCUCACAGGAAAGGGUCAAUGCCUUGGGAGGAGUACUUCUGUGAGGGUGCCUCCAUGCCCUGAGCCGUCCAACACAGAGCUGACAAUUCUGAGUUUGCUGCAUGAACGACGGGACAGUAGUGGCAGCAACACUAGCUCAGCUUACCUGAGCAGCAGCCGUCGCUCAUCUGGCAUCUCCCCCUGCUUUUCCAGUCGCUGUUCUAGCCAGGCUUCACUGUCAGAGUACAGCCCCCAUCGACAUAUCCAUAAUCUCAGUGCAACUGAUUCUUAUGACCCUAUUUCCACUGAUGCCUCUCGACGCUCCAGUGAAGCCAGCCAGUAUGAUGGAGGAAGUUCAAGUGCAGUGGUGUUUGGUGGAAGUGGAGUUUUCAAGGGCAGUGGUAUGGGAUCAAGAGGGGAUCUGAACCUCACUCCAGCUCAACACUAUAGCCUAAAGGCCAAGUAUGCAGCAGCAACAGGUGGACCGCCUCCCACACCCUUGCCCAGUAUGGGGCAUAUAAACCUAAAGAGUCACUUUGCUUUAAAGGAAGACAGAAAGGACACUGGCCAGCUUACACUACCACCACUGGUCAGGUCACGUCGCUGUAGUGAUGGUGCACACAACUCGCAUGACAGUCAAGCCGUGUAUCAACGAAAGGGAACAUACUUUGGUGGUGGUCCAGGGAAAAAUGAUCGAAGAGCUAGUGAUCCUACACAUCACAAACAAAAUCUUAGUUCUUAUGGCUUGCCACAAGUACGACAUUUCAGUAGUUUAAACAAUAUGACUUCAUCACCCAAUCCUGCUAGUUAUGGUUACUUAAACAGAGAAGAUCACAGUCUGAACCUACAGAAUUCCACCUGUCACGUAGAUAGCUUUCAGAGUGGUCUGCACUCCCCUUGUCCUCCUAGCAUCAUGGAGCAAUCAGCACUUGAGAACAUUUCCAUAAACCAGGAUGGUCUUUUGUUACGUGUCAAUGAAAACAUCCAGUCUGACUUCAUGCAGUAUCUCCAUUCCCAAGAUCAGGAAUCAAUAAUUAACCAAGACAACCAUAGGCCUAUUUUCAAUCCCGCAAAUGACCAGAACUUCCUCAGUCCACAGCAGCACCAAGAGGGAGUAGAGCAAGAAGACACUAGUAUUGAUCUGAUGCCUAUCCAGUCGAAUGAAGUGAGCUCUGGUAGUGCCGAUGUUACCAUUCCAAGGCAGCCGUUUCAGAGGUGUGGCAGAUGGUCAGACCAGAGUGGCUCAGUAAGCAACGCCUUUGGUCGAUUUGGAAACAUGGUUGUACAACAGCAGCCUAUAGAUUUUAUUGAUCAGCACUCAGCUCUUCAACACAUGGGAGGUAUAAGCUAUGGGUGCAGAAAUUCAGAGCAGCAUCUACAAGUAGCAAAACCAGCCCAAGAGAAGUCCAGGAUGAAAACAGGCAUUAAGACUGAGUCUUCCUCAACCUUCCAACUGGAAUCCAAACACAGCAACUUUGGUCGACCAGACUUCUCUCAUAUCUUUUCGGCCCCCAUUCAUCAAAAAUGUUCCCAGCAUACAGUUGUAUCCCAAUCUUAUCCCCAACAAAAUCAAAUUACAAAUCAAGAUAGCAGCAACCUCUUUUUGCAAAGACCAGGUAACUGCAGCUUACUCUUGGCUUACCGGCCUCAGCCAGCUGUCAACACUUCCUACUCCACUAGGCAGGAUAUUAACAGCCAUAAUGUACAAUCAUGCCAUCCACAAAGCUUGAACAAUAGACUAGGCACAAAUUGUUCCCCUUCAAAUCAGGUUUCCGUUGUGAAGCUUGAUCAAGUUAAUCACCUUCAAAUCAACUCUUGCUCAUCAAUUCAGCAACAAACACCUGUGUUUAUUGAUAAGUGUUUUGACCUAGAAAAGUCCAAGCUCUCUCACGCCAUAGUACAGUCAUGUCUAAUGGAAUCAUUGAUGGCAGAGAAAGAAAGAACUUCCAAAGUUCUUCUGUCAUCUGGGGUUGGUCAGGUGACUAGCACAGUAGAAAGAAGCCCAGCUGAAAAAGUUGGUUUAGGAAUUUGUUCCAUUGGUGAUGAUAGUUAUGAUCAGGGCAGUGUAGUGUCUUCCUCUCAACUCAGUAAUUCUCAUGAUUCCUUUGCAUUUCACAGUGUGAAUCCAGGCACUAACAACAUGGCUAUUAGUGACAUGAGCUCCCUCCUCACCACCCUCGCAGAAGAGAGUAAAUUUCUGGCAAUCAUCCAAUAGUUUGUGAACUCCCCCACCAAAAAAAAAAAAAAAA